AUGGGAACAGAAGAACGUCUAGUUAUAAUGGCACCAGAUCAAGAUUCAGUGUUAGAACCAGUUUUGUCCCCACGACCAGAAGUUGCUGAAAUAUCAUCUCGUACAAAUGUGGCGAAAACGUCGGUGACGAUUGACGGAAUUAAACACGGGAUUGAAAGUGGUAUGGUCAAAGAGAAAAUGUGGCAUGAGAAACUUGUAACAUACGAAUCAAUGAACGAAUGUUCGCAUCCAGAAAUCAUUUGUAUUCAACCGACACUUGCUAUUCUAAAACUGAAAAACUUUGGAAUUGAUAGUGUUGAAUUAUUUGAAUGGCUUGAACCAUCGCCACUAGGCAGGAUUCGUGAAGCUCAUCAAACUCUGAUUUGGCUAAAAGCUCUAAAUGACAACAAUAGUUUAACAGAUCUCAGUCGAAAUAUGUCUCAUCUCGGUGUUGAUCCUAAAUGA